AUGAUCAUUUAUGGCAUAUGGACAUAGGGUAAAAUCAAGAUUCAGGAUAGAUUGGUCUCCGUGAGCAAAGAAACAAAAAGAUAAUAUGACUACCGAAUACGAGUACAGCCACGACUUGUCAGAUUCCCUUCCUAUGCUCUUUCUUAUUCUUUCUCCCGGACCAAUCAUUUUUAUCUCAUACACGUACGUACAUUAUUAUUUUUAUUUUUUCACACUCUCUGGCCCUUUAUAUAGUACUCCAAUUUCUGACUCUCAUUAUCUUCAAACUUCCUCACGAGUAUAAUCAUUAUCACAUUGGGGAAUGGCUACUUCAAGGACGAGAUUACUAGAGUUGCUUUUUAUCUUAAUUUUAUUGUUUGCUAUUAGUGCAAAUGCUAAAAGGGGUAAACAUUCUAGGAGGCAGAAUAAGUUGAAAGUGGCUAAUGAAGAUGGUUUCUUGAAUUGGAUUAAUCGCAUUAGUUCUCGCAAUCAUUCUGUCUUCCACGAAGCGAAGAACAAAUUUGAGCCUUGCAAAUUUAUUAAGGUGAAUAAAAACCCAAAGCAUGGAGAUUUUACUACGGUUCAAGAGGCUAUUGAUUCAAUUCCAAUUGCCAAUUCUUGUCGAGUGGUUAUUUCUGUUAGUCCUGGGAUUUACAGGGAGAAGAUUGAAAUUCCAGCAACAAUGGCAUACAUUACACUGGAAGGUGCUAGUUCGCGCAAAACGACUAUCAAAUGGGAUGACACUGCAGAUAGGGUAGGAAAAGAUGGCCAGCCAAUGGGAACGUAUGGUUCUGCAACGUUUGCUGUUAAUUCCCCCUACUUCAUUGCCAAAAACAUCACCUUUAAGAAUGUAGCACCACCACCACCAUCAGGGGCACUGGGAAAGCAAGCUGUGGCAUUAAGAAUCUCCGCAGACACAGCGGCGUUUAUAAAUUGCAAAUUCAUAGGAGCACAAGAUACAUUGUAUGAUCACAGGGGCAGGCAUUAUUUCAAGAACUGCUAUAUACAAGGUUCUGUGGAUUUUAUAUUUGGAGAUGGGUUGUCCCUCUACGAGAAUUGUCACUUAAAUGCCAAAACAAAAAGCUAUGGGGCAUUGACAGCCCAGAAGAGGGAGAGCAUGCUGGAGGAAACUGGAUUCUCUUUUGUGAAUUGCAAGGUUACUGGAUCUGGUGCUCUUUACCUGGGCAGGGCUUGGGGUACUUUCUCAAGGGUCAUAUUUGCUUACACUUACAUGGAUAAGAUCAUCACUUCAAAGGGAUGGUAUGACUGGGGGGAUAAGAACAGGCAUAUGACGGUAUUUUAUGGGCAAUUCAAGUGUUCGGGACCAGGGGCAAACCACGGUGGCAGGGUGAAAUGGUCCAGGGAGCUCACUGAACAAGAAGCUAAUCCGUUUGUCUCACUCAGCUUCAUCGAUGGUCAUGAAUGGCUUCUCAAUAUUUGAUGGUUUCUUUAUCACCUAGCAAGCCAUGGCAGUCAUACUCCUGUAUAAUUAGUCUUCAAUCUAUCUAUAACAUUUAAAUUUUACACCAGAAAAUGAUUGUCCCCAACCACCAUAAUAUGGAUCAACUUUCUCAUCCAGACAUGCAUAGUCGCUAUUUAAAGCUGCAACUCCAGCUAA